GUUGGAGCUCGCUUUUGUCUGCCGGCUUCUUUCUUCGCGCAGAUAUUCCCCUACCAAGCACCUUCCGACGGCCCUUUUCAGUUCUACAUCACGUUCAAGAGAGCAUCAUGGCCGCUCCUGUUGCCCCCAACGCUGUUGACCAGCUUGCCGCUGAGCUUGGCAAUGCCAGCCUGAAUGGUGGUGACAACAAGGUCACACCCGCCAUCAAUACCAAUGUAGGCUCCGACUACCAGGGCGAUGAUCUCGACACUGCUGGCCCCACCCCGAGCUCGGCUGCCCCCCAUCCCCAGGCGUCGGCUUCCCUUUACGUCGGCGAGCUUGACCCUUCGGUCACGGAGGCCAUGCUCUUCGAGCUGUUCUCUCAGAUUGGCUCCGUCGCCUCCAUUCGGGUCUGCCGCGACGCUGUCACCCGCCGCUCGCUCGGCUAUGCCUAUGUCAAUUAUAACACCACCUCGGACGGUGAGAAAGCGCUCGAGGAACUGAAUUACACGCUCAUUAAGGGCCGCCCGUGCCGUAUCAUGUGGUCCCAACGCGAUCCCGCCCUUCGCAAGACAGGCCAGGGCAAUGUGUUCAUCAAGAACCUUGAUGUCGCCAUCGACAACAAGGCCCUGCACGAUACCUUUGCUGCCUUCGGAAACAUUCUCAGCUGCAAGGUUGCCCAGGACGAGAAUGGAAACUCCAAGGGCUACGGAUUUGUGCACUACGAGACGGAUGAUGCUGCUUCGCAGGCUAUCAAGCACGUCAACGGCAUGCUUUUGAACGAGAAGAAGGUGUACGUCGGCCACCACAUUCCCAAGAAGGAUCGCCAGAGCAAGUUCGAAGAGAUGAAGGCCAACUUCACCAACAUCUACGUCAAGAAUAUCGCUCUCGACGUGACCGACGAGGAGUUUCACAAGUUGUUCGAAGACUAUGGCGAUGUUACGUCGUCGUCGCUCGCUCGCGACAACGAGGGCAAGAGCCGUGGAUUCGGCUUCGUCAACUUCACUUCUCAUGAGAUUGCCUCCAAGGCCGUCAAUGAGCUCAAUGGAAAGGACGUUCACGGCCAGGAGAUCUAUGUCGGCCGCGCUCAGAAAAAGCACGAGCGCGAGGAAGAACUGCGGAGAUCGUACGAGGCUGCUCGCCAAGAGAAAGCUAACAAGUAUCAAGGCGUCAACCUCUACAUCAAGAACCUGGAUGACGAUGUUGACGAUGACAAGUUGCGCCAAAUGUUCUCCGAAUUUGGCCCGAUCACUUCUUCCAAGGUUAUGAGGGAUGCUCUGACCGACGGGGCCGAGGAUGAGCCUAAGGAGGGCAAAGAUAAGGAGAACAAGAAAGAAGGCGAGAAGGAAGGUGAGGAGGAGACCGCCGACAAGAAGACGGAGAAAAAGGGAGACCGCAAACUGGGCAAGAGCAAGGGCUUCGGCUUCGUCUGCUUCAGCAAUCCCGAUGACGCCACCAAGGCUGUUGCCGAGAUGAACCAGCGCAUGAUCAACGGCAAGCCACUCUAUGUUGCUCUGGCCCAGCGCAAGGAUGUCCGGAAGAGCCAGCUUGAGGCGAGCAUCCAAGCUCGCAACCAGCUUAGGAUGCAACAGGCUGCCGCGCAAGCCGGCAUGCCCCAGCAGUACAUGCAGCCCCCGGUUUAUUUCGCCCCGGGCCAGCAGCCCGGUCCGGGUGGUUUCAUGCCUCCGGCCGGCGGCCGCGGCAUGGCGCCGUUCCCCCAGAAUGCCAACAUUAUGCCCGGUGCCCAGGGUGGUCGGCCAGGACAGUUCCCCGGUUAUCCCGGCCAGCAAGGAGGUCGCGGAGGUAUGCCUCCCCAGCAGCAAAUGCCGCCUUUCCCCAUCAUGGGCCAGUUCCCCCCUGGCGGUUACGCGCAACCGAACAACCCCCAGUUCAUUGCGGCCAUUCAGCAAGUGCAGCAGCAAGCUGCCACUCUUAGUGGAGGGCGCGGCGGCCCUGGAGGCCGCGGAAUCCAGGGAAUUCCCGGCGGUAUGCCUCAGGGAAUGAGUGUUGGCGGCCCUGGAAUGCCUGGCUAUCCUCCUAAUGCCAGGCCCCAGAACGGCAACCUGCCCGCCCGUGGUGGCAUGUCGGGCCGUGGCGGCAGCUUUAUGAGCGCUGGUCGUGGCGCUGUCCCGCCUGCCGGAGCUAUCGGCCUGGGUGGAGAGCUGAACGCUAGCGCCUUGCUUCAGUCACAGCUUGCUUCUACUACCAACAUGCAGCAACAAAAGCAGAUUCUCGGCGAGAACCUCUUCCCCAAGAUCCAAGUUAUUCAGCCUGAGCUGGCUGGAAAGAUCACUGGCAUGCUGCUGGAGAUGGACAAUCCCGAGCUCAUCAGCCUCUUUGAGGAUGAUAAUGCUUUGAUGGCCAAGGUGAAUGAAGCUAUGGCCGUCUAUGACGAGUACCUGAAGAACCAGGGAGACGAGGACAAGUCGGGUAAGAAGGAUGAGCAGUCGGAGGAGAAGGCUUAAAACCGGCGUUCACGUGAAUCUCGAGGCUGCCACUAACUCUACGGCGGUAUGGCGGCGGUUGGUCUCAUUUCUCAGCCGCGCUUU